AUGAAAGAGGUGAUAGGAAGGCGGUGCCUUGCACAGGGGUGCUAUAGAGCGCCGCGCCCGCGCAGCCAGCUCCGCGCCUCGGUGGGCGCCCCCUGGCCGAGACCGCUCUCUGUCGCGGGGCUCUCGCGACGCCGUCGGUUACCGCCGCUGGGUAGCGCCAAUACCCAUACUCACCCGCUGAGGAUUCAGUUGGGUUUUUUUUUCACUUUCACGGGGGAGGCUUGGGGCUCCCACGACCCGGUGUCAGAAAAGACAGAUAACUUUGCUGUUGAAGAAAUUGUAGACAAGCAUCUACAAAAAGAUUUAGCUGGAGAAGAAAAUCAGAACAUAAAAGAAACACUGAGAGGCAAAGUAAGAGAAAAGCUAAAAAAUGCUAAGAUUAAUCAAGGUGAAAAGUCUUCGUCUCAGCUGUUCAUUGACCCUAAGUUAUAUCAGUGGUCUAAGGUUAAUCAACAGACUGAAGUCUCAGUGGAUGAAGGUAUUUCGUUUUUCGUUUUAAAUGGUGACGAGUGCUCAGAUGGCCAAGCUUUGGAACAGUCUUUAGCGCAGAAAUCAAUAAAUGAUCAUUACCAAAGACACGUUUCACCCGGUGAUAAUUUACAAAAUUUUGCUGAGAGUCAAGAUGAAAGUUUUUUUGCAGAAGUCAUUGAUUCAGAUUUACUUGAAGUAAAAGCUGCUGAAUAUGAAGACGACCAAGAACAAAUGAAAAAGCAGGCAAACAUUUUUGUACCCAGUAGUUCCCCAGGUACUGUUCUUUUAAAAAACUCGGUGGUCAACCAGUAUAAAUUGCCAAAAGACAUGAUACCACGCCUUUUAGAAGAUGAAGGAUUCUAUAUUCAGAAAAAAACAGAAAUAUAUAGAAGGAUGAGCAACAAAAUGGAAAACCGCCUGCUUAAACUCGAAGAGGCAGUCAAAUCGGAUCUAGAAAGCUCUAUCAGGAACAAAAUAGAAGGUCAAAGGGAUGUGUACCAAUUAGAUCUUAACAUCGUGGGUUUGCAAUUCAGCCAUCAUCCUCUCUUCAAUCAAGAACAAGUAUUAUGUGCUAGGCUCCUCCAACUUUAUGAGUGCUUUCAAAACAGGCAGCAACAAAAUUUACCUCAGCUACUUUAUGAGAAGCUUAAAGCACUGACAGAUGCUACAAAACUAGCAAAUGAAACAAAUCCAUUGACCAAGAAAUCUUUCCAAGAUUAUUAUUGGCAGAUAAGUAAUACGAAACAGCUGUAUGACUUAGAAAAGGAAAAAGACUUCUCACUACUACACAGUAUGUUACGGACUUGGAAACAGAUAAAAUCCCUUCGAGAACAGCAAGGGUUCACAAGCACUCCAGUAAAGUUACAGUUUCAGAGGAUGAAAAUGAAUAAAUAUGAUGAACAAAAUCAAGAAGGACUGUCAAAAAUGUCGGAGCCUAAAGGAAAAACUAAAGGAAAACGAUAUAAAAAUGGGGAGAAACAGCAGUACAUGAAACAUAAGGCCCAGGGCAUUCCAAAGUAUUUUCGUCUUGAACAGUUGCAAGAUGAAUUUAAUUUUGUUUCUGAAGAGGAAAUGCAAAAGAGCAAACGUUUCCAGCUAUUGCAACUUAGAAAUGCAGGUCAAUUAGAUGUUUUCCUUCUGCAACAAAUACCCCUUUAUGAUCAAGAGAUUGCAGAUUCAGUCUUCCAGGAAUAUGAAAGCCAAAUAGAGAAGGAUAUAGCAAUUUCAGAUGUGAAUUCUAUUACCGCACAAAGGGUUCAAUCUGCCAAGUUUCUGAAAAAGAUAAGAAGGUUGAUAAUGAAAAGAAUUGUGAAAGUUAGCAGAUUUAACUUAUCCGAUGUUGUGACUGAUUAUGAAGAAAUUGUAUCUGCAAGUCACAGGUCAGAAGAUCCAGCUUAA